AUGGACUAUAUUCAAGUGUCAUUAAUCACUCUAUUGUUAGGGUUGGUAGUCACUUUAUUGAUCUUCUGCAUACAAAAUUUAGAAACCAAAAAGGGUGGUAGAUCACAAUAUUCGAAACCAACAUUUUUGAUAAUAGGACCCAAUAAUAGUGGUAAAACAGCAUUAUUUUUCAAAUUUAUCAGUAACCCUGAUGAUAAAUACGAAUUCACACCUACGGUUUCGUCUAUAGAGCCUAAUGUCAAAGAUAAAAUUUUGCCUUUCUCAAAUCCUAAGUUAGGAUCGAAGUAUCAAAUCAUUGAUUACCCAGGCCACAUCAAGUACUCGAAGCUUUUAACCAAAUUGAUGAAUGAGGAUAUUACUUUGAAGAACAUUAGAGGUAUAAUAUACGUGAUUGACUCAUCAUCGAAUGCUAUCAAUGGAGAAGCUGUUAAAUUAAUAUCUAAACAAUUAUUUACCUUACUCAGUUCCACCGAAAAAUUACCAACAGGAAUUGACUUCUUAUUUGCCGUGAAUAAACAAGACUUGUUUGAUUCCAAGCCAAUACAUAAGGUCAAAGAAAUCCUUGAAUUGGAAAUGACAAAGCUAAUCAAAAAUGAAUUGCUGACCAAGAAGUUCCAAGAAAACAACGAAAAUGAGCUUGAAAGUGAAGAGAACGACAAUGCUAUUAGGGAAUUCUGGUCAUCUACAAUGGGUUUACAGCAAUCGUUCAAAUUCGAACUCUUAGAAGGAAGCAUGGAUUUCGUCGGUGGUUCAGUUUUGAAGAACAAGUCCGAUGGUUGGGAAAACUGGAUUGACGAGAAAGUCGUCAAUUGA